AUGUCCAAAGAAGUUAAUAAGGAGGGUUGUAAUGUUGAUGAAGUGGGUGAAGAUGUUGAUAGAGAGGGUGAAGAUAAGGAAGACGACGUAGAAUUAUCACUGACCGGGGUUGCUCUAGGAAACAUUGUUUUGAAGGCAAUGAAGAAACUAAAUUUGAAUUUAGAAAACUGUAUCUCGAUAGGGGCUGAUGCGUGUGCCGUCAAUAUUUCGGAAAAAUGUGGAGCAGUCAAUGAAAUCAAAAAAGAAGCAAAAAACGCUGCUAUGGUACUGUGCAUGUCCCACAAGCUCAACAGCAGUCUCAUGAAAUCUUCUAAUAUUCAGUCAAUUCAGAAAGUUUCCAACAUAAUACGAGAGGUGACAAAAUUCUUCCAGAACGCACAUCCUAAACGUUCAACAGCAUUAUCAAAAAUACUUGGACACAAACUUAAGAGUUUAUGCGAUACAAGAUGGGUCGAGCGACAUGACUCUGUACUCCAGUUCGUCGCAGACUUUCCAAGGAUUAUCGAGGCGUUGAAUAAAGUAUGUAAGUGGAACAACAGGGAAACGGCUGGUAAAGCAACAGUACUUAUCGCUGCUCUGAGCUCGUUCGACUUCGUUAUUGGGCUUUUUUGCUUAAGUGAUGUUUUAUCUUUGACACGCCCCCUUAGUGUAUCCCUUCAAAAAGAAGACAUGGAUUUCGCAAACGCCUCCCAAAAAAUUGAAUCUCUAAUUUCAGUUUUGGCAGAUCAAAGGCAAGAGGUCGAAGAAAAGUUCAAGCAAAUAUUUACAGAUGCAACGAAAUUGGCAGAAGAAUUAAACAUAGAAGUAAAGAAACCAAGAACAACUGGUAGGCAAGUGAGACGUGAAAAUCACGACACAUCUAAUUGUGAGGAUUACUUCCGAGUCUCCAUGUACAUUCCUCUUCUGGAAAAUAUUAUAGAAGACUUGAAAACUCGAUUUUCUCAGGAAAUCCUGGAGGGCUUUCAAUUAUGUUCAUUGCUCCCGAAGAAUAUUAAGGAUUUGACAUCGAAUGAAAUUACACAUUUAAUUAAUUGUUUGAUACAACGAUUCUGCAAUCUUUUGAAGGAAGCAGAAAAACUUCUUUACCUUAGACUUAAAGGAGAAAUGACCCACUGGCAAUACUUUUGGAAACAGAAGACAACCAACAUUUCUAAGGAAAACUCUGAAAUACCGCUAACUGCAUUGGAAACUUUAGAACUUUGUGACAAAGAUGUUUAUCCAACCAUUCACGCUUUGCUCAGAAUUCUAUGUACAAUGUGUGUCACCAAUGCAAGCGCCGAGCGUUCUUUUUCAACACUACGUCGUCUGAAAACUUGGCUCAGAACGGCCAUGCUUCAACAAAGAUUGGUCGGCCUAGCACUACUUAAUAUUCAUCAUGACAUCGAAGUGAAACCAGAAGAUAUCAUCGAACGGUUCGCGAAUCUGGGAGCACACAGAAUAGUUCUGUAA